AUGGCCUUUGCCCAGUUUUCUGUUGGAGUGUUCAGAUUUUUAUCAUUAAUGUUCCAGAAAUUAUCCUUUGCUUCCCCUAGAAUUUAUAUAAUGAGCCUGAAGUUUCCUCCCUACACCGAUCCAAUGAAGUUUUUCCGACUCCACUUACUAAGUAGUUCACUUAAGCAGCACAACGUAGUGGUUAAGAGAGUAAAGCCUCCGAUUAUCCCAAAUAAUUCUUCCGCCUCUACCUCUACUGGCCGGGAUGUCAUGUGGGCUGAUAUUGAAGAAUUUGAAACCAAAACAAGAAGCACCGUGUCUGUCCGAGAAGGCCAAGGUGUGGUGCUACUCUGUGGUCCACCGCCACACGUUGGAGCUUUAUCUUAUGCAUGGACCUUCAAUGAUAACCCCUUAUAUGUCCAGGAGGACAACAGACGGUUUGUAUCUCAGGAGACAGGAAACUUGUACAUUGCCAAAGUGGAACCAUCAGACGUGGGCAACUACACUUGCUUCAUAACAAACAAGGAAGCCCAGAGAAGUGUGCAAGGACCACCCACUCCAUUAGUGCAGCGCACUGAUGGUGUGAUGGGGGAGUAUGAACCAAAGAUUGAAGUGCGUUUUCCUGAAUCAAUACAAGCUGCAAAGGAUUCAUCUGUAAAACUGGAAUGCUUUGCCCUUGGAAAUCCAGUCCCUGAUAUUAGUUGGAGGAGGAUGGAUGGAAGCCUGUUGCCAGGGAAAGCCAAGUACAGCAAAUCCAAAGCUAUCCUUGAAAUCCCGAACUUUCAACAGGAAGACGAAGGCUUCUAUGAGUGCACUGCAGGCAACCUUCGAGGAAGAAACAUUGCAAAGGGUCAACUCAUUUUCUAUGCCCCUCCAGAAUGGGAACAAAAAAUCCAAAAUACAUAUUUGUCUAUAUAUGACAGCUUGUUUUGGGAGUGCAAAGCUAGUGGAAAGCCAAGCCCUUGCUACACAUGGUUAAAGAAUGGUGAGCGCCUCAACUCAGAGGAGAGAAUUCGAAUAGAAAAUGGGACACUAAUCAUAACAAUGCUGAAUAUAUCAGAUUCUGGUGUCUACCAAUGUGCUGCAGAAAACAAGUAUCAGAUCAUUUACGCAAAUGCAGAAUUGAAAGUAUUAGCUUCAGCUCCCAAUUUCUCCAAAAGUCCUGUUAAAAAACUUUCAGUUGUUCAAGUUGGUGGGGAUAUUGCUAUCGAAUGCAAGCCUAUUGCCUUUCCCACGGCAGCGAUCUCCUGGAAAAAAGGAACGGAGAGCUUGAGACAAAGUAAAAG